CUGCAGAAGGGAGGAGCGGCCGGGGACCACGAAUUACAAUCACCAGACAAGAACGAAGUUCCGCUUCAUGAACAGCACGCAAAUGCCUGCGAACAAACAGUGUCAUUAGCUGUAGCUUCCACUUCACCUACGAAACACCAACACAAAUCGUUGUCCAUCCUGGAUCUGAUGGCGUCUAGUUUCUCAGAGUCCGACCGCGCGCGGAAACUCCCGGGGCAGAAAAGACUCAUCAAGGAAAAGGAGAAACAGAUCGAAAGGCUGACGCUUCCCGAGGUGAAUGCGACCUCAAAAAAGCAGCAGAAACUGACCCCGUUUCAAGAGUUCCUGAAGAUUGAGGAAAUGUUCGAUUUGACCGAGAACUGCCUUCUCAACCCGAUGGACAAGCUCGUCAGCUACGAGGAGCAGCUGUACAUUCACUCCGCCGGCACGUAUUUGCCUAAAAUUUUGUCGCAGCAACCUGCUUUGAGGAAAAAGCUUUUUGUUCCUGGGAGGUUGCUACUUGUCCGAGCAGCUUUUGAUCUGCCGUUGCUGCGCUGCGUGUUCCUGCGAUACAGCGCGACAACUGGGAAGAACAAGGAGGAAGCGUCUCGUAAAAACUUUGAUACGGCAAUGGAUCAUCUCAACAUGAAACCUUUGAAGUUUUUCCCGACGCAAGAAGAGAGCAGUGCGCACCUGUUUCAUCGAGGGGAAGGUGGAUUCGCUUCGAAAACUAGCAGUAAGGAAAGCACGCCGAUGGGAAUGCAUGUGAACCGGCAAAAUGCUGGCCCCGCUACAGGAGCAGACCAACCAGGAGGCACGGAAUCGGCAGGCAACAUGUUGG